ACACAGCUCAAACACAACGAGCCAGCCAAGAGCCGUGGGACCCGGGAAAACCUGGCUGCAGGGAAGUUUUUCACCAUUUGAUAAAAUAUGGCAUCCAAAACAAAGAAGAGCAAGGAUGAAGAGCCACCCCAGGAAAGCAGCGACACGGAGGACCCCAUCCGGGAGAGGAAGCUGUACCUGCAGGGGGAAUGCAGGAUCAUCUCACAACACCUGGACACCUACAUGGCACGGGCGGAGCAGGUCCUGCAGGCCUCCAAAGAGCAGGAGAAGGAAGCGCAGCGCACUGAGGAGCAGAGCCAGUCCUACCUGAGCUGCGGAGAAAAGCUCAGCCAGGACCCCCCGGGCAUGAUUAUCACCCUGAGCGACCACCACCGCCAAGAGCUGGCCCGAAUCCAGGCGCACAAGGAGGAGCUGGUGCCGCGCUACGCAGACAAGGAGCAGGAGGUGCGGAGUGUCCUGGAGGAAACAGAGGCCGAGGCCUCGCGCAUGGACACGGAGCUGCAGCAGCUGGAGCCCUACAAGCAGCAGAAGAUAGAGGCGGAGCAGAGGCUGAAGGCGCUGGAGAGGGAGCUGCGGGUGACCAGGAUCCGCUGCGCCGAGGAGACGCACGCCGUGAGGAGCAGGUUCCUGCAGGACAAGGCCGAGUGCGAGCAGCAGUUCCAACGCAGGAUGCAGCAGCUCACCUGGGGCGCGCAGGAGGUGGCCAUGAAGGCCCUGAUCCAGCACGUGGAGGAGGUGAAGGCCGAGAACAGGCUCCUGCGCCACGAGCUGAUGGGGCUCCUGCAGCACUGCCAGCUGCUCAGGGACACCAGGGUCCGGCUGCAGGACCAGAAGGAGGAGCUGCUCCGGGAGAACCUGUGCCUCCAGCUCGUGCCAGUGCGGCACCGCAGGGACAGCCUGCCCUCCUUGCCAGCCAGGGCCAGCCACUGAGCCCAGACCACCCAAACCACCCCAAACCACCCCAAA